AUGGCCGACUCCGACGAAGAAUAUGUGGGGGAUGUAACAGAAGACGAAGAUGAUUUACAGGUGACUCGGGGCGAUAAUCCGCGAGCCAAAAGAAAGCAGCGCGGUGGUGCAGAAUGGGAGCUAUCCAGAACAUGGGAGACAUUGGUGGAGGGUGCAGAUGGUACCAUCAACUCGACUGUCGAAGGUCUGCUAGAGGCUGGAAAACGAAAAAGGUCAGACCAUUCCUCUUACAGCGCUCAUAUAUCCUUACUGAAGUGUAUCGCCCAGGCUCUUGAAAGAUACCACACCACUACAACGUGGUAUCAUUCGACAUCUCAUCCUAAUUCUCGAUCUAUCACAAUCGAUGUCCGAGAAGGACUUGCGACCCACGAGAUACUUGUUGACUCUCCGCUCGGUGUUCUCGGCCUGAGAGAUGGCCUUGCGCUCCGAGUCAGUGAUAUGAGUGGUAAUCCAACAGAACACCUCACAGCCAUCCAAGCCCUCAAAACACAAGAACCGAAAGGUUUGCCUAGUCUUCAAAACGGAUUGGAGAUGGCACGUGGUGCUCUUUUCCAUACACCUAGCCAUGGCACCCGAGAAGUGCUAUUUAUAUAUGGUUCCCUCCUUUCCUCCGAUCCUGGAGACAUCCACCAAACGAUAGAUGCCCUGAUCAACGACAAAAUCCGGAUUGGUAUCGUGGGACUCGCAGCGCAAGUUGCAAUUUGCCGGGAACUUUGUACAAAGACCAACGGUGGUGAUGAAACAGCAUAUGGCGUAGCACUGAAUGAGCAGCACUUUCGAGAGCUGAUGAUGGACUGGAGUCCAGCCCAUCGCUCUGCGCAUGCCAUUCAAAGCCCUCACGAGGAGGCUAUCUUUGCUCACGAUGCAACAGCAAAGUGUGUAGUCUUCCUGCUGAAUGCCCAUCUUGUGGGCUCACAUUGA